AUGGCGACUAAAACUCAAUUAAGACAACAAUUGCGUCAAAUUGUGCGCCAAAUGACGGCCGAAGAACGCCAAAGACAGUCCAAUCAAAUUGCGGAUCAAGUGAUCCAAAGUUCGGUGUUUCGAAGGGCAAGAAAUAUCGGUCUUUAUGUCUCUCGAGAAGAACUAGAAGUCGAAACUCGAAGAAUAUUCGAAAAGAGUUUUGAUUCAGAAAAAAGCGUUUUUAUCCCGAAAUGCAGUGAAAAUCGAAAAAUGAUUUUUUUAAAAGUCUUUUCAAUAACAGAUGUCUUAACGCUUCCAAAGAAUAAAUGGAAAAUUCGAGAACCGGAAGACGACUCAAAGCGACCGGAAGUGCAGUCCGUCGGAGGACUCGAUCUUCUAAUUGUUCCGGGAGUGGCCUUUGCGAUGAACGGCUCGCGACUCGGCAAUGGCGGCGGUUUUUAUGACACGUAUUUGUCGGAAGUGGGGGUCGAUGGGAGGCGUGCAGUGGUUGUGGGCGUGGCUUUCAAACAACAAAUGGUUGAAUCGGUUUUCAAUCAAAUUCACGACAAAAAAGUUGAUUUCGUUUUUCACGUAAAAUAAACAAUACUUUUAUUUGUUGACCCAUUUUGUUGACAUCACGUGACUCGUUGUCGUCAUAGCGACAAAAUGG